GAUUUUUUCCUCCUUCUCACUCAAUGGAGCUUAGGCCUAUGUGCUGAGAGGGGAAUGUGCCGAUCAACUUCAUGCUUUCCUUUUGUUUGUUUUUUGUUUAAGUGUGCAGAUUCAUAACGUAUUCUUGUGCAAAGUGUUGGAAAGGAAUAUGUGAUUUCCCCCAUCGCAGCAUUAUCGUCGGUUUAGUCGUUCUUACGUUAUUACUUGUGGAAUCAUGAAUUUCGAGAUCCCACCGGGUUUGACAGACUUGUUGCAGGAGUUCACCGUUGCUGUGCUGAGAACCCGCCCCUCAAAUCUCGAGGCUUUCGCUGCGGAUUAUUUUAACAAUUUGAAUGAAAAGAAAAAUGGUCCAUUGAAAUUAAGCGGUGCUCUUCGGUUUCAAGAAAAUGAUACUGUGAAUAUUAUCGAGCCCAGUGACGGACACGGAUCUAGUAAUGAAGAUGACGACGAUGAUUCGUUUGUUGGUCCGCCAUCAUCAUACAGGGAUAGACGAAAGUCAGUUUCUGCGGAGCGUUAUGACCCAGAGGCUGAUGACGAGGGGGACUAUACUAAAGUGAGUAACCC